AUGAAGUUCCCUCGGUCGUACAUCGAUCAUGUCUUCAACUACAUCCCAGAAGGCCAGAAGCAUGUCGCCCCCGAUCGCGUUCUCACCCCUCCAUACCUCGUUGCAACACCGUCCCUCAAUUUCACCGACCUCAAUCCCGUGUGGGACGCCAAACCCAUCGUGUUGGUGUUUUCGGAUGGGGUGGACACCAUUGCGGAGUGGUACGGUGCAUACGUCCCCGGUCUCCCGACACGGAACGUAAACCCCGGCCGCGUCGUUUCCCAGAUCUUGGGAAACGACGUCGACCGUGCGGACGUCGCACAGGUGCUGGGACAUUCCGUUGAUCCCUCCGGGUGGACGUACGAUGGAAAUAAAGCCGUCGAGGUAUUGGCGAACCUGUUCGGUGGUACCGAUGGGGAGCGCAUCGCGGAGGCCAAUCGUCGGACUCGAGCUAUGCCGAUCUCCGAUGACGAUGUGUCUACAUUCUACAUAGACGACACCUCUUUGAUUGUGUGCGCGCUUUUCGAAUGA